AAUUCGAAAGCUACUGUUAACUCCGUUCUUACAUUUUAAUUCACACAUAUGUGUAGAAAAUAGUUUCUCGUUUCCGCGCGCUGCCAAUUUUAGGGUUGGCUUACUGUUUUGAAUCAAGCAGAAUAUGAAGUCCUAUGCUCUAAAGUUAGGACCGAUAAUGUCAACAUUUAGUUUUGCUAUCGUGCUUGCUGCCUGUUUUAUUAAAGUUCAAAUGCUUCUUAUAGAUUCUAGGUGCUAUCUAGCAGAAGGGGGAUCAGCGGAGAACUUUUUAGUUAGUGAAAAUGCUACAGUUGGGUCUUUUUUGGGGACAUUAAGCAUCAAUGGUGACCCGAAAACUGACAUCACUCUAUCCUUACGUGAAAAAAACUCGCCGGUGAUGAUAUCAUCGAACUCAAAAAACCUUAUACUAAAUCAACGUUUAGAUAAGGAGGGCUUGGAAGGUCCUUCGUCAGUAUACGUAAAUGUGAUAUGCGACAGAAAAAAUAGUAAUGACCCGAGCUUUCUCAUACCUGUGAAUAUUCAUGUAACUGAUGUGAAUGAUAACUCGCCAAAAUGGAUUGGUGCUCCUUACUCAGUAAAUAUAUCUGAAAAUGCAAUAAUUGGAACCAGAUGCUGUAACAAAUACCUCACAUUUCAAUAUAUUACAAAAGCCUAGCAGUGAAAUUGAGAAACACUUGUUGAUUAAUUCUGAAAAGGCGUUUCAAUGUUCGAUCGGACACCAACCACCUAUCAGCAACAAAGCCUGCUCAUACUGGACCCAGAAUAUUC